AUGCCCUCCGCAAGCAAAGGAAAAGGCAAAGGCCGUGAAGCGCGCCCCUCUCGAAGCCGAAACACCACACCCAACUCGAGUUUCAGUGCCCCGACCACCGCGCCUGUAUCCAGCUACCUCGAUAAUGACGUAUCGAAACUGCUCGUUCCAGUUAGCGCGCAAUAUGGAGAGAUAUUGGAUAGGAUGGGCGGUGUCGGUCCUAUUCCCGAUUCGAAGUCUCUGGAGACAUUGAUGGAGCAUCUGAAGACACUCAGUCAGCUGGCAGAAGCUCGUAGCGAUGCAUGCGAUGCUGGCAUCAGAGAGCUGUCUCAAAAGCGGAAGGAGGUAGUGGAAGAACCCGAGCACGACGGUGACCGUCCGAAAAUGAAGCGCGAGGCAGAUGAUGAAGAGGAGGAAUCGAAAGCGCCCAAGGGAGGGAAAUUAAAGAAGCGCAAAGAACGGGGCAGCAGUUCCAAGGAAGAUCGCCCAUUAGCUCAUGGCGCUCAUGAACUUUCUCGACAAGAUGGUGCGGAAACCAAAGUGGAGGGUGCUGCAUCGCCUGUAUCUAAAAAGUCGAAGAGUACAUCGUCACUGUCGCCACCAGAACCCAAUUCCCCAAAAGUGAAGGCUGACACAGAAGCUCAAGCUCCUGGAUCGCCCAUGUCGGACGAUAGCUCAGACUCGCAUCAGCCUGAACCAGCUCCAGCUGUGCCUCAAAUCCAAGUUUUCGGUCCAAACCCCGUGAAAUUCGACGACCCGACCAUAUACCAUAUACGUGAUGUCACUCCUGACAUGACCGAUGACGAAAGGAAAGAAAUCUACAGCGUCACUCGUUUCCCGGCCAGUGAUUUAAGCCAUAUGAUGGCUGGAGUAGCUCCAGAUAAAGACUAUAGCAAUUCCAAGCCUACAAACCAGGUCAGCGCGAAUACAUUCCUCGCCUACGUCGAACCAUAUGUCCGCCCGUUGAUGGAAGAAGACAUUGCUUUCCUAAAAGAGAAGGGCGAUCGAGCGACACCGUUCAUCAUGCCCCGACGUGGGAAGAGGCACUAUAAUGAGAUCUGGGCCGAGGAGGAUGGACUGAUGAAUGUUGACCAGAACGGCAACAAGGAGCGUCUACCCUUGAACCAGGGACGUGGAAACAUUGACCAGGUGACAGACGAAACUAUGGAAACGGACAAGGUCUCAGUUGGUCCAUUAGUUAGUCGUCUCUAUUCUUUACUACGAUACGAACACCGCGCUCCCGACGAAAACCCUGGCACCAACGGCACGGUCAACGGGGAAUUACCGAACGGUUCUUCACUCGGCGACGCAAUGGACCUCGAUCACCCAAUUGCAGGAGACUCAGAAAGUAAACACCAACCUUCCGCGACAGCGUUUCCCGAUGCAUCUCCAAGCGGCUUCAAAGUGCCCGCUGCGAAACUAGACCACGCCCAACUCGAUGAGCGCCUUAAAGCAGAACUCCGACACGUAGGCUUUCUAGGCGCCGAGGACAACCCCGAUUACGACGCCCAUUAUGACGACGACAUCGCUCAGCGACUACGUCUCCUGCAAAGCGAACUAAAGAAGCAAAUGAUUGUCAACAGCGCCCGAAAAGCAAGACUACUAGAAAUCGCCCGUGAACGCAUGGCAUACCAGGAGUACAUGACCAUCCACGACGAUCUCGACUCGCAGGUACAACAGGCCUAUCUCAAGCGGACCCGGACAUUAGGGAAGAGCAAGAAGGGUUCCCAGGCCAAGCACAGGCCAGGCGGAGCUGGCGGCGGCAGCCACGUUGUCAGUGCCGCUGGUGUGGGUCGUCCCGCUAUUGGGGACGUCGCUCGCACUCUGAUGGACCGACGCAAGCGCUGGCGUGACUGUAUCGGGCCGAUUUUUAAAGAUUGCAAGACUUCUGUGCCGAGGAAUAAUGAGUCAGUCUUUGACCCGUCACUCAUAGCUGAGUACGAGAAGGCAGAAGUUGAAGGUUGGGAUGAGGAGCAGGAGUGA